AUGUUGGACUUACAUCCUUACACCAUCUUGCUCCUGGUGUUCAUAGUGCUCUUGUUCAAGCAUGCCAUCAACGAAGUGGGCAAGAACAACAUCCAAGAUUGGGCCUGGGGCUACUACAUCAAGUUUGGCUCGAGGAUCGGGUUGAGCCAGUUCGCCGAGUACAACCAAAAGAAGACGGAAUUGAACAAGGUCAACCGCGAGAAGAGGUCCAUCAGUGCCCAAGACCAAUACGCCAAAUGGACCAAGUUGAACCGUCAGGCUGACAAGUUGACCGCGGAGAUCAAGAGCUUGGACGAGCACAUUUCACAGAACAAGGCUGGCAUCAAUAGGGUGGUGGGCUUGGUCACCAUGGUUUUGACCACCUUGCCAAUCUGGGGGUUUAGAGUCCUCUUCAGAAAAUCGGUACUUUUCUACUUCCCUACGGGUGUGUUGCCCUACUACCUCGAAUGGUUCUUGGCCUUGCCCUUUAUCAAAACAGGAGGUGUUGGUUUGACCAUAUGGAUGUUCACCGUGAACAGCGUGCUCUCUUCCUUGGCGUUGUUAGUUUCCUUCCCAUUUGAGAAACCGGUAUCUAAGCCAGUAAAGCAGACUCGGGAAAGCAAAGACACUAAGACUGACACGAAGGCCGAAAUUAAGGCUGACACUAAGGCUGACACCAAGGCCACUAAUUGA